AUGGCUCAGUCGUUGGUUUGUCAUGUUAUGUUACUUGUGAUAUUCAUACUGGUGGCUCUUGCUGAUGCCCAAACUCCACCUGGAAUUAACAACCCUAGCCAUGCAACUUGUAAGGACCCGAGUUACAAAGAAUGUCAUAACUUGGUGCAUGUUUGUCCAAAGUUUUGUCCAGAUAGCUGCACUGUUAAUUGUCAAUCAUGCAAACCUGUUUGUGGUGGCGACAUUGCACCAUCACCACCAGUGUACACACCUCCAACACCAACACCUUACUCACCACCUCCCACCACCACCCCUUUACCACCAACAGAGUCCACACCUCCAACACCAACACCAUCCACACCCUCUCCCACAACCCCAUCACCACCAGAAGAGUCCACACCUCCAACUCCAACACCAUCGUCACCACCUCCAACCACCCCUGCACCACAAAAAGAGUCGACACCACCAACACCAUCCUCACCUGCACCUCCUACAUGGUCUACUCCACCUUUCGAAACCAAAGAAAUUGAUUGUGUUUCUUGCAAGCCAGUUUGCAAUUGCGAUAUGCCUGGAGCAGUGUGUCAAGACCCUCGUUUCAUUGGUGGUGACGGCAUCACUUUCUACUUCCAUGGAAAGAAGGAUCAAGAUUUCUGCCUUGUUGCCGAUAACAACCUCCACAUCAAUGGCCACUUCAUUGGGAAGAGAAACAGAAACAUGGGCAGAGACUUUACUUGGGUCCAAUCUAUUGGGAUUCUUUUCGACAACCACAAAGUACAAAUCAGUGCUCAAAAGACUUCUUCUUGGGAUGACACCAUUGACCGUAUCUCUGUUACAUUUGACGGGGAAAACAUCUUUAUCCCAAAAAGCGAAGGUGCCAAAUGGCAAUCUUUUACGACAUCAAUCACUAGGAUUCAUGACACCAACCAUAUCGUUGUUGAAGUUGAAAACCUCUUCAGGAUCACAGCCAAAGUGGUUCCAAUAACAAAUGAAGAAUCAAGAAUCCAUAACUAUGAUAUAACCAAUGACGAUUGCUUUGCUCAUCUUGAUCUCAAGUUCAAGUUCUUCUCCUUGAGUAACGAAGUGGACGGAGUUCUGGGACAGACUUAUAGGAAUAACUAUGUGAGCAAGGUGAAGAUGGGGGUGUUAAUGCCUGUGAUGGGAGGAUAUAGCAAGUUUGUGAGUACAGAUUCAUUUGCGACUGAUUGUUCCGUUGCUAAGUUUAAGAGCAGCAAGGAAGAUGGUUCGUCACUGAACUUGCAGUUGCCAAGCUUGAGCUGCCAAAGCGGUAUAGAUGGGCGAGGCGUCGUAUGCAAGAGAUAGACUUUUCUUGUUCUUGUUAUUACAAUACUUAUAUGUUUACUACGACUUUAAUGGUGUAAUAAAGAUAAAGAAUCAAUAAUAAAAUGAUGGAACCUUCCA